AUGCAAAGCGUGAACGUUGGUCUUUCCAAGACUGCAAAUUAUGGAACCAACGUUAAAAUCAUGCUCAAAAAUCUAACUGUUGACGUAGAUUCGCAACUUCCAUUUGAUAUUUAUCAUUAUUUUCAAAUUUCUCCACCAAUAUCAGUUAUUGGCCAAUGGGACACAAAAAAUGCAAUUCCAUUUAUUGCUGAAGCAGAAUGUCUAAUAGUUUCAAAAGGAAAACCAUUAACUUGUCCAAUUAUUUUACAAUCCCAGCAAUAUACAAUUACAAAACCAAAAAUACCCGAACUAGUUUCAGGUAUGACCGUAUUAAGGAAGCAGUUUGUAUUCGAAUGGAAUCGAAACAUUGAAUUUCCAAUUUAUUAUUCAGAAUUACCUGUUGAUUCGAUCGUUGUCUUUAAAUUUUAUGCCAAACUCUUCCAAACAGAAUCAAAAUUCAUUGGUAAGACUCAAUUACAUAUUUUUACGCGCACAAAAACUCCAAGACUUCGAUUAGGAUUUUUCCCAUUAGUUUUUGACGGAACGCCACCCACAAAGCUUUCCAAGCAUAUUAGACGCCUUUACACAGGAAAAGAUCCAGAAUACAAAUACAUUGACACUCAAUUAAAAUCAAUCAACGCAUCAUUACAUCCUACCGAUGCCAAAAUCUACUAUCGUUCGAUCCUUACACCAUCAAAUCCUCCCAAACUCUCAAGGGUGUCCCAAUUUGCCCAAAUUUACAUUGAAUCUCCAUGUUCCGACCCAACAACAUUAAUUAUUCACGACGGCAUCAUGUUGCCUACAUCCAAGUCCCCGAACUCUCUCAACCCAUCCCAGAGACUCUACCACGAUUUGACCCAUUCCACAUCUGGCUUCAAAUCUUCGUUCCUCAAAGACUCAAAAGUGACAAAGAUUUUAAACAAAGUGAAGUCAUAUGGACCAUUGGUCGAACUGCAGCCCAUGGAAGUCAACUGUCUUUACAACAACUUCCGCGCUUGUCUUCAGGACCAAGCAUUAAUGCCUGCUCUUUUCAGAGCCGUAAAUUGGGAAAACAAAGACGAAAGAGUCGAAAUCGAGCAGAUGCUUAAAGACAGAGACCCGAUUGAUGCUGAAUACGCUCUUGAGUUCUUCACGGACAGAUACAAUAUACAGAGCAUCAGACAAUUCGCUGUCAAAUGCAUUUCCGCGAUGAAACACGAAGAUAUUUUACUUUAUUUGCCUCAAAUUUUGCAGGCAACAAAAGUACAAUACACAGAAGGCCUUGUAGACAUAUUAGUUAACAACGCACUCGGAGACCCAAUCUUCGCAUCAACCCUCUAUUGGAAUGCACAAGUCGAAAAAGAACAAUUUUCUGUUCUUUUAGAAAAAUUGACAUCAAAUUUGACAGGUGAAGUGAAACAACAACUUGAAGAUGAAAUAGACUUGUACAAGAGAUUGUACAAUCUAUUACAGAACCAUCCUAAAGCUACACCUGCGGUUAUAAGAGACACAAUCAGAGAUUUGUUGAAUAACGAUCCAGUUCAUUCACAAUUGAAGAGUUUCAAACCAACGCGUUUACCUUUAGAUCCAAGUUUAUUCGUUGUUGGAAUUGAUACUUCCGAUGUCAAGGUUUUCAAGUCGAAGCUCUGCCCAGUUUGUCUCUGUUUCAAACUCCAAAACGGAGGCAAGUACAGAGCAAUCUUUAAGAUCGGAGACGACAUGAGACAAGAUCAACUGAUUUUGCAGUUGUUUGAAGUGAUGGCCCACAUCUUUAAAGCGGCUUCAAUGCAGCUUAACAUCACUGCUUACAAGACACUUGCUUUCAGUGAGACAUUCGGUUGUUGCCAGUUCAUUGAUAAUUCAAGAGCAAUCUUGGAUAUCGCGAAGGAUGGAAUGAAUAUUCUCCAGUUCUUGGCAAAUCCUGAUGGAACUGUUGAUAGUGGAAAAAUUGACAUUUUCACUGAAAGUUUGGCCGCUUAUUCCGUAAUGACAUACGUACUUAAGAUCGGUGACAGACAUGACAACAACAUCUUGGUUACAAAAGAUGGAAGAUUGUUACACAUUGAUUACGGAUUUAUUUUGGGAGAUGUGACAAAACCAUUCACUCCUCCUUUGAAGUUGUCAAAAGAAAUGAUUGAAACAAUCGGAGCAAACGGAAUGCAGAGAUUGUGUGACUGGGCUUGCCCUGCAUUCAACUCACUCAGGAAGAGAGCGAGACUCAUUUUGGUCCUGAUUGAACUGAUGUUCACUGCUCCUUUGGAGUGUUUCCAGAACAAUCCAAAGAGAAGACUUCAACAAGUUGAGAACUGUUUGUUGCUCAGAUGUACUGAAAUCGAAGCUUCAAAAUCUCUUCAAGCAACAUUCACUCAGUCUCUCAACUCAAAGAUGCAGGUUUUCUGGGAUGCUGUCCACACUGUCGCUGUAAGUACAAACGGACAAUCAGCUGAGAAAUAA